AUGCCGGGGUAUGGUAAGGGAUCUGACCUCGACCGUGGAGCAGCCGAACGUCUGUUCUACCGGCUGCUGGGUGAAGACGCAUUGGCCGAAGACAAUGUGAUCAAUAAAAGCGAUUUUGCUGUUCAGUACCUGGUUCUCGGCCGCCGCGCAGCAGAGUUUGAAAGUGGCCAGCGACAAAUGAAACUACUGGUUCGCGCGUCGCCGAAUAGUAAAGCUAAAGCCAAGAGCAAGCCUUCGGGCGCCGUGCAGAAGAAAAAGUCUGGCAAUUCAGGCGGUGAUCCUCAGUCCACCAUGGUCUCUUCUCCUGUACAAGCUGCCCAAGACCGGCGCCUUGGCCGUUAUCAAUAUACCGGUGCUUCAGCCGCACAUGUCUCGGUCGAUGAGGAUAGUGAUGGCUUCGAGCCGAUUCGAAUCACCGGCAAAUCUCGCCGCGCGAAUACACACGAGAUGGGUCCUCCAAUCACUAGCGAUCAGAAGUUGGAUCAACUUGAUCAUAUGCAUCGUGUAGUCGUGGAGGACUUCCAAGAGCAUGCCAAAAUCAUGCUUCAAGAUCUUGUUGUCAAGAAGGGCCUUCGGUGCCAACCGUUCUCUGAUCAGGUGCUACGUGAUAUGGGCAUCUCCUUUCCCUCAAAUCUUACUGAGCUUUCUGCGAUCCCGGGCAUCGAUCAAGAUAAGGUGAAGCGCUACGGCCGGCAGAUCCUGGGACUGGUUGAUAAUGCAAAGCGGCGCUACCUGGAAAUGAAGCAGGAAGCAGAGACCAGCGGCGUUGUUCCGGAUCCCAACCACCAUAAUGUCAUCAAUCUCAGCAGCAGCGAUGAGUAUAGUGACGACGACUUGUUCAUGGAUGAGGUUUCCGCCUUCAAUCUGGACAAUCCUGUCUCGACCGCACUCAGCAAUGCAGCUGAAAACAUCACAAGCCGCUACUUCCCUCCAGCGGCAUCUCCGGGGUACGACUCUGGCGACGACUGUGAAUCUGGCACUGCGCCUUCCGGCUCCAAGAGUCGCAAGCGCCAGCCUGCCAGCGGCAAACGACCGUCCCGACGGAAAUAUGGCUCCACUGGGAGCUGGAAGGGAAAAGGCGCACGACCGAAAACCAAAUCCGGCGAGCGUCCUACAAGCCAGUCUGCGCCGCGAAAGAAUGCCCGAGCUAAGACCCCCAAGUCGACGAUUGGAAUGAUGCCUAUUUGA